UGUUUCACUUACAAAACAAAUUAUGGCGGUCUCGUCGACGCAGACCAUUGAAGAGCUCCUCGUCGUUGACGAUCAACAUCCGACGCGGACGACUGCUGAGCAGCUCGCGGUCGAGUCGAGUAUUGAGCGUCUCUACGCUGACAUUCGCUAUGCUGCCGAGGACGCAGCCAACGUCCGCCUGUCCGAGGCCGAGCGCAAGGCAGCCCAGGACCGUCUCGCAGCCUGCGAGCUGCGGCGCAUCCAGCACGUCAAGUACCUCAAGCGAGGCCUCUUCAUGCCGUUCCCUGCUGGCUAUGUGUCACUGGACGCAUCACGGCCCUGGCUGUGCUAUUGGAGCGUGCACGCACUCGCGCUGCUGGGUGCAGAGCUCAACGUCGAGCAGGCCGAGCAAGUGGUUCAGUUCCUCAAGCGUUGCCGCAACCCAGACGGAGGAUUUAGCGGGUCGCCGCAGCAACUGUCACAUCUGGCGCCGACGUAUGCUGCCAUCAAUACCCUUGUGACCAUCGGAACACCAAGCGCCCUGGGCGUCAUCGACCGGGAACGGUUGCUUUCGUUCUUGUACAGCGUCAAGUGCUCAAACUCAGAGCAUGAGGGUGGGUUUUCCAUGCACGUUGAUGGCGAGGUCGAUGUUCGUGGCACCUACUGCGCAGUGUCGGUGGCCUCCUUGUGUCAACUCCCCACGGACAAGCUGUUUGAGGGCACUGCCGAAUGGCUUCUUCGCUGCCAAACAUACGAGGGUGGAUUUGGAGGUGUUCCGGGCGUUGAAGCGCACGGAGGUUAUGCAUUCUGUGCAUUCGCGGCCUUGGUCAUGCUGAAGCGUGCGACGUCCUGCAAUCUCAAAUCAUUAUUGCAUUGGCUUGUGAAUCGUCAAAUGCGGUUUGAAGGUGGGUUCCAGGGCCGCACAAACAAACUGGUCGACGGCUGUUAUUCGUUCUGGCAAGGAGGCACCUUCCCAUCUGUGGCCUAUGCGCUUUACGCGAACGAACCGAAUGAGGCCAUACGGCAAGCUCUUGAGGGCGGUUUCAUGAACGAAGUCGCUCUGCAAGAGUACGCUCUGAUUUGUUGUCAAGACCCGAACGGUGGUUUGUUGGACAAGCCUGGAAAACCGAGGGAUCACUACCAUUCCUGCUACGUUCUCAGCGGAGUCUCUGUUGCACAGCACGACUUCCGAGAUCCUCGCAAAUCGACUGUUGUCGUGGGUGGGCCCGAAAAUCAAGUGUUGGCAACACAUCCUCUGCACAAUGUGCUGGUCUCGAGUGUCAUUGCUGCAAGCAAGUUUUAUGGGAAGACCCCCGUUGUCGAUCCGCACCCUCCCAAAGCACAGAAAUCACCAGAAUGAUCGACGCUUUUAAUUUUUGGUCUGGCAAAAUACAGUACGCACAUUUUUGUCGCUCUGUUGUUGUUUAAUGAGGCAUCAAAAUAAGCAAGCUGGUGGGCUUUCGAUGUUUGUGACUAUAAAUUAGACUGAUGGA